AUGGCAGAAUACAUUACAGAGUUCUGCAACCUUAUUGCAGAGCUCAACUGGAACAAAGAAGCAUAUAUUGCGCAAUUCACAAGGGGCCUCCAUUGGGAGGUCAAAGAGCUCCUGUCUACCAAAGACAAUAUCCCUGAGGAGCUCAAGGCCAUAUUUGCAGCAGCCAUCAAAAUUGACAACACAUGCUGCAAGAACAAGGAGAACCACCCCAAGAAGGCAGCCAAGGCCCUGGUCACCACAACCACCUCCACUACCACUACCACUCAUUGGGUGCACCUCUCAGAGGACCCCAAUUACAUCACCCUGGAGGAAAGGGACCAUUGCCAUGCUGCUGGUCUAUGUGUAAAGUGCAGUCAGAAGGGCCAUGGGAUCAAACAGUGCCCCAACAGCUGGAAAGCCACAAUCAAGGAGGGUGCUAAGGUUGGGGAAGUUACAGAGUCAGAAAAAGAAUGA